GUCAUUCACAAUGUGUUCGAGCUAGCUAACAUAUUGCUUAUAUUGCUUUCCAAUAGCAUUAUUGAGCAUUCAGGCGGAUAUCGUCACGUUGGAGCAUAUGGAAUCAUUUAUCAAGAGGAUCAGAAUCCUGUUGGCAUAGUCUCUGAUUAUGGUUCUCGCUACAUCUUCCCGAAUGUACCGAUAGAGGACCGAAAGCUCUAUGAAACGGAACGUUAUCACAACGGAGAUCUCACAUACACGUUUGACAUUGCGAAGGAUGGCGAAUACGUGAUCGUGUUGAAGUUCUCCGAAGUAUAUUUUCAAUCUUCUGGACAAAAGGUCAGAAUUUAUAGAACAUUCCUUAUUCACGAAGCACGAAACAUGAAAGCAGACAACACUUAUAUGUAG